AUGUUCCAGCCACAGGGCAACUGGGCCUCUCAAACGUUUGGAAGAAACUUUGGUGUCAAGCACUGUACCUCCAAAAUACAGUUGGCCCUGGGACUUAGGGUCUCCACCGUGCCGUCCCAGUGUCGCUUGCACGGUGGGCUGAAGCACCCACGCUUCCACCAGAACAGACCUGGCACCAGCUUCCAGACCAGUCCCCGUAGUCUCCAGCUGCCUCAUCCGAGCUUGGCACCGGCAAAUACCACGAAGCCCUGCCAGAGUGAGAAGGAACAGCACAACCACAACACACUGGCCUCCCCUCUCCAGCAGCUUCCCUUCCCCAGGAUGCCAUAA